AUGGGGAAACUGAUCAGGAUGGGGAUACAGGAGAGGCGGUUACUACGACCAAAGAGGCUUCAUUGGAGUCGUCUUCUUUUCCUCCUGGGAAUGUUGAUCAUUGGCUCUACUUAUCAGCACCUGAGGAGACCCCAGAAUCCCCCCUCAAUGUGGACAAAGGUCUCCUCCCAGCAGCCUAUUAAACUGGCCAUCAGGGACCUCCCCAACGAUGAGAUGGCAGUGGCAGGCAGUGACCCUCCAGAGGCUAGCUCUGAAGUGGAGGAUGGGAUGCUAGCAGCCCAAGACACAGUGGUCAUGGAUGAAGCAGCACCUAGCAUAGCAAUGGAGGACACCCCCAAUCCACCCAGAACAACCAAGAUCCCUCCAGCAUCACUAAAGAACAGUUAUAGCCCUACAUCAGCUGGCACAAGAAGGCAAAAAGAAAACAUCCCGCCCACACCUAGCGGAGCACCAAGUCACUUCAUCUCAACUCCAGGCAGACAGAGGGUAAAAAGCUAUAUCCCCAAACCCAGGGGAGAAAGGAAGAACUCCAGCCCAACUCACGCCAGGGAAAAAGGAAGGACGCAUACCCCAUCCCCAGCAGGUGAGCCCCGUACCAUCAGCCCUACAGCAACUGAGAGAGACAGUGAAACCAUGGCACCCUAUAGGCUGUUAGAGCCCAGAUUUGAGAGAACAGCAGGAGAAACCACAGCAGCUUCUCUCGAGAGAAUGGUUCUGAACACCCCGACUUUCUUAACACGAGAAGUAGAAACAAACCUCAUGACUUCUUCAAGUUUGGUGGGAAAGAACACCCCAGUAAGUCUUAGACGAGGGGAAAGAAACAUCUCUACCACUCCCCAGGGAGCAGUCCCACAGCACAGCCCUGCCACCUCUGAGGAGCAAAUGACAGUAAACACCAGGAUAGGUAGCAUCCCAGCCACCAUCGAAGGGUCUACUGCUGCCCGGAGAAUUAGCAAUCCCUUGUCCAGAACCAGUGCACCAGCCAUUAGGAUUGCCUCGGCCACCAACAGGGAAAAGAGACCUUCCACAGCACCCAGCACCCUCGUAACUCCCAAAGGCGAGGCAACCAUGAGCACACAGGUCCACCGCUGUGUGGUUGUGGAGUCAGCCCCAGCUGUUCCCAUGACCCCAUCUCCAGGCGUGACAAGCAUCCUGUUCCCAGAGACACCUAGUUCUGGUCCCUCGGCUUUGCCACCCGGCUGGCCAAAUCUCCACCCCAAGGCGGAGUAUCCCCCAGACCUGUUCAGUGUGGAAGAUCGACGACAGGGCUGGGUGGUCCUACACAUCUUCGGCAUGAUGUAUGUGUUCGUGGCCUUGGCCAUCGUGUGCGACGAGUACUUUGUCCCAGCCUUGGGAGUCAUCACACACAAGCUGCAGAUCUCCGAGGAUGUGGCAGGGGCCACAUUCAUGGCUGCCGGAGGCUCCGCCCCGGAGCUCUUCACCUCUCUCAUUGGUGUCUUUAUCUCCCACAGCAAUGUGGGUAUUGGUACCAUCGUGGGCUCUGCUGUGUUCAACAUCCUUUUUGUUAUCGGCACCUGUGCCCUCUUCUCCCGGGAGAUCCUCAACCUCACCUGGUGGCCCCUGUUCCGAGAUGUCUCCUUCUACAUCCUUGACUUGUCUAUGCUCAUUGUCUUCUUCCUGGAUAGUUUCAUUGCCUGGUGGGAGAGCCUGAUGCUGCUGCUGGCCUAUGCUCUCUAUGUGUUCACCAUGAAGUGGAACAAGCAGAUUGAGCUCUGGGUGAAAGAGCAGCUUAGCAGGAGGCCAGUAGCCAAAGUCAUGGCCCUGGGAGACCUCAGCAAGCCCAGUGAGGAUGCCGUCGAGGAAAACGAGCAACAGGACAGCAAGAAACUGAAGCUCCCGUCUGUGCUGACCCGAGGGAGUAGCUCGGCCUCGCUGCACAACAGUAUCAUCCGCAGCACCAUCUACCACCUCAUGCUCCACAGCCUGGACCCCCUGGGGGAAGCCCGCCCCUCCAAGGACAAGCAGGAGAGCUUGAAUCAGGAAGCCAGAGUUCUCUCCCAGACCAAAGCAGAAAGCAGCCCAGAUGAGGAUGAGCCAGCCGAGCUCCCUGCGGUCACGGUCACUCCAGCCCCUGCUCCAGACGCCAAGGGAGAUCAGGAGGACGAUCCAGGCUGCCAGGACGAUGUGGACGAGGCUGAACGCAGAGGAGAAAUGACAGGUGAAGAGGGUGAAAAGGAAACCAUGGAGGAAGGAAAAAAAGAUGAACAAGAAGGGGAAACUGAGGCAGAAAGGAAAGAAGAUGAGCAAGAAGAAGAAACUGAGGCAGAAGGAAAAGAAGAUGAACAAGAAGGGGAAACUGAGGCAGAAGGCAAAAAAGAUGAACAAGAAGGGGAAACUGAGGCAGAAGGCAAAGAGGAACAAAAAGGGAAAACUGAGGCAGAAGGAAAAGAAGAUGAACAAGAAGGGGAAACUGAGGCAGAAGGCAAUGAGGAACAAGAAGGGGAAACUGAGGCAGAAAGCAAAGAAGUUGAACAAGAAAGGGAAACUGAGGCAGAAGGCAAAGAUAAGCAUGAAGGGCAAGGUGAAACCCAAGCAGAUGACACUGAGGUGGAAGAUGGUGAGGGUGAAACAGAAGCCAAUGCUGAAGAUCAAUGUGAGGCCACCCAAGGUGAGAAGGGUGCAGACGGUGGAGGGGGAAGUGAUGGAGGGGACAGCGAGGAAGAGGAGGAUGAAGAGGAGGAAGAUGAGGAAGAGGAGGAAGAGGAGGAAGAGGAGGAAGAUGAGGAGCCUCUGUCUCUGGAAUGGCCUGACAGCAGGCAGAAGCAGGCCAUCUACCUCUUCCUCCUGCCCAUUGUGUUCCCACUGUGGCUGACAAUUCCUGAUGUACGGAGGCAGGAGUCCAGGAAGUUUUUUGUCAUCACCUUCCUGGGAUCCAUCAUCUGGAUAGCCAUGUUCUCAUACCUCAUGGUAUGGUGGGCUCAUCAGGUUGGUGAAACCAUUGGGAUUUCUGAAGAGAUUAUGGGUUUGACAAUCCUAGCAGCAGGCACUUCAAUUCCUGACCUCAUCACCAGUGUGAUUGUUGCCCGGAAAGGCCUGGGAGACAUGGCUGUGUCAAGCUCAGUGGGCAGUAACAUAUUUGACAUCACAGUGGGCUUGCCUGUUCCUUGGCUCCUCUUCUCCCUCAUCAACGCGCUGCAGCCUGUUCCUGUCAGCAGCAACGGCCUGUUCUGUGCAAUUGUCUUGCUGUUUCUCAUGCUCCUGUUUGUGAUCUUCUCAAUCGCAUCGUGUAAAUGGAGAAUGAACAAGAUCCUGGGCUUCACGAUGUUCCUUCUUUACUUUGUGUUCUUGGUAAUCAGUGUGAUGUUAGAAGAUCGAAUCAUUUCCUGCCCUGUAUCUGUCUGA